CAGCCGCCUCGCGCCUUCCGCAGACGGCAGCCAGGCCCCCGCCCGGGCCGAGCCCCUCCCGCAGGAGCCGAUGGCCGGGGCCGACGCCGGCCCCAGUGAGCUGGACCAGGGGAAAUACGACGCCGACGACAGCGUGAAGAUCAUCUGCCUGGGGGACAGCGCCGUGGGCAAGUCCAAACUGAUGGAGCGGUUUCUCCUGGACGGGUUCCAGCCGCAGCAGCUGUCCACCUACGCCCUGACCCUGUACAAGUACACGGCCACCGUGGACGGCAGGACUGUCCUUGUGGACUUCUGGGACACGGCGGGCCAGGAGCGCUUCCACAGCGUGCACGCCUCCUACUACCACAAGGCCCACGCCUGCAUCAUGGUAGGGCCGCGCGGAGGGCGGAGGGGAGGGCCGCGGCCCACAGCCCCCCUGUGCGCACGAGGGGGGCGGCCGGCCCUUCCGCGCACAGGGGAGACACCCCAGUGCCACGGCCCAGCACAGCUCCGGGGGUAGCCCCACCCCCGAGCCCACGCAGCCCCUGGCAGGCCCUCUGGGGCCCGGGGUGUCCGCCAGCACCACACAGCCUCCUGCGCAGGCCCCCCGGGCCGGCCAGUGCGGAGCUGCUCCCUCGCAGGCGGCGGGGCUCGGGGCCACACGGGGGGCCUAGCGGGGGCCACCGACGACAGCGGGGUGAAGCAGAGUCAGGGGUUUCUGUGGAGCCUGCCUCCCGGAGGUCCCCACUGGGGGGGCGGGGGCGGGGGCGCCGGGGCACCCCGCGGUAGGUAGCUGGCCGCCCCACAGCGAGCAGACCUCUCUGGGGCGCCUCACCCAGCACUGGAGCAUAGGUGAACAAAUCCUUUUUCACAUCAAAAAUGCAGCGUAAACAGAAGGUGGGCAGUGCCCGAAAGGCAAGUGGCCUGCGAGUCAGGGCCGCGCCAGAGCGCGGGCGCAGGGCUGUAACGCGUGCGAGGGUGCUAGCGGGGAACAGCCCCCCGCGAUGC